UUGAACAUUUUGUAUAUUGUGCAGUUAUCGAUCGGUAAACCAACUUUGACUGAUGAACCAGCAUAACAUCAUAGAGCUUUUUAUACUAUUUUAGGAAUCCAUUGGAUUUCUGACAAUUAACAGGUUAAAAACUUCUAAAAACUCGUUUCCAGUUUUUUAACCGUUCGCAACCGAAUUCUCGAGAAUCAUAAAAAUGUUGAUACUAUUAUGUGUACCGGAAUGCUUAUAUUCUUUCUAAAGUUUCAUUCAUUACUUUUUCAAUUGAAGGGGGCGUGUCCGAAAUCUAAAAGAGAUUUAGUCUUUCUUUGCUUUCGCUCGCUUAGAGUUCUAAGAGUUCAAACACAGCUCACCUCUUGACCUUACACAACAACAUACAUAUGUACUUUACGAAGUCCAAUUUGCUUUUCUCCCGUUACGUAUAUUUUCUUACUUAUAAAAUAUUUUUCAAUGAAAAAGGCUUUAGUCACGACAUGUAUUGUACACAAUAAAUGUGGCGAAGUCAACAAAAGUUGAAAAAAACAUAUUCUAAAUAAAUAUAUAGCAAUGCACUCAACAGGUUCGAUAGAGUAUCAAAUACUGUCACUUUGACAAUCUAUGACUCUAAUGCGUGCGUCAGAUUUUUGGCCUAUAAAAUGGCUUAAAGUGUUUAUAGUUGUAUGAUAAUAACUUCUUGAGAAUUUACUUAUAUUGAAAGCAAGUUUGAUUAGAAGAAUUAAACCUGUUAAUUGUCAAAACAACCGGUGAAUUCCUUAAAUAGUAUAAAAAGCUCUAUGAUGUUAUGUUGGUUCAUCAGUCAAAGUUGGUUUACCGAUCGAUAACUGCACAAUAAACAAAAUGUUCAAAGUCUUGAUGAUCUGCGCUAUUGUCGGCCUGGCCGCAGCCUUCCCAGAUGCCACCCUUGAUGAAGUUAAGCUUCGCAGUGAGGAUGUGCGUCCAGAUGGCUUUGAAUCCAAGCUGGAGAUCUCCAAUGGCGUCAGUGAGCAGCGUUCGGGUGAUGAACACGGCAACAUCAAGGGUAGCUUCAGCUAUGUCGCUCCCGGUGGCGAGCACAUCCUAAUCAACUAUGUGGCUGAUGAGAACGGUUACCAUCCAUCUGGCGAAGUUCUGCCAACCCCCCCACCAAUUCCAGUUGAGAUCCAAAGGGCUCUUGAGUGGAUCGCUGCCCACCCUCAUGUUGAGAAGGACGAGAGCGAUGAAGAUGAUGACGAAUAAGCUUAGUUAGAUCACCAACCUUCACAUUCUAUCGUACUUUGGACUAUUGAAGAUUGAUAAAUAUUUAAGUUUUGCAUCCUUGAAUCCUGAUUUUACACGGAUAUGAAAAUACAUACAGUCAAUUGCUAGCAAAAUUUUGAGAGAAAUUUUUUUUAGUGAUUGACGUUGCAAAUAUCACAUUAUAAUGUUGACGUCAAAUAAUUCAAUAAUUUCAACAGCUUGAUUAUUUGGUUCGGACAAUUCAGCUUCUAGCGUAAGUGAGGCUUAAAAAUUCCGAGAAAUGUGUAUGAGCUAAAUUCAAUAUUUAGCAAUCAUUGAAGGCAACGAUUAAAAUAAUGAGUAGGGUUUACCGUUUUUAUUCCCGGUAUAAGGGUAUUAUAACUUUGUGCCGGCAGAAAAUGUAUUUAACAAGCAUAAGGAGGUAUCUUCGACCCCAUAAAGUAUAUAUAUUCUUGAUCAUCGUCAACAGCCGAGACGAUCUAGCCAAGUCCGUAUAUCCGUAUGAACACCUAGAUCUCAGAGACUAUAAGAUAUUGAGGUAUACAUUUUUGUGACUGCAUUU